GUCUACCGCCAUCGUCGAGAAGGAGAAAAACGUCCCCGCCCGUGCGUCGCUGCAAGUUUUCUGGACAAGUCCACUUCAAGAUUUACAACUCACCAUGACCCACGACGCCAUCUGGUUCUCUCGUCCGCGCAAGUACGGCAAGGGCAGCCGUCAAUGCCGCCUUUGCGCUCACCAGGCCGGUCUUAUCCGCAAGUACGGUAUUGACCUCUGCCGUCAGUGCUUCCGUGAAAAGGCUGCUGCUAUCGGUUUCACCAAGACUCGAUGAGCCUUGUACGCAUAUCGUGGAUCUUGUCUUUGCUCUGUCACUUCACGCACUUCAUCCUGCCGCUUCGCAUCAAAAGUCGUCUCUAAUGUAUGCCUUACUAUGAUAUGCUGAGUGGGGUUCUCGCAUGCAAUACAUUUUCUUUCGUCUCUGGUGUAAGGGGUCGCAUUUGGUUGUAUCGUAGGCCAAUUCAUGUUUAUAGGUCUGACCUUUGCGUAUCCUGUAAGUACUGGUCAAGGACACGAGGCUUCUAUCAAACUCACCAUGUUAAGAUGCU